UUCCUUGUUUGUAUUAUUGUUUAAAAAAUGAAUUGAUAUCAUUCAAGAAGUGAUAAUAAGAAUCGAUACUUUAUCAAAAUUCCAUACACCUUUAACGGUCAUCGACCGUUGAAAACAAAAAUAAUAAGGGUAUUUCAUCAGCAACAUCUUUAAAACACAUUAAACAAAGAAAGAAUUUUUUAUUUAAUCAGUCAUGUUGAUCAAAGAAUAUCGUAUACCGAUGCCAUUAACGGUUGAAGAAUAUAAAAUUGCACAAUUGUAUAUGAUUGCUAAAAAAAGUCGUGAAGAAAGUCAAGGAACUGGUAGUGGUGUUGAAAUCAUUCAAAAUGAACCUUAUACGGAUGGUCCUGGUGGUUCUGGUCAAUAUACCUAUAAAAUCUAUCAUGUUGGACAUCAUUUACCAUCAUGGUUGAAAGCAUUAUUACCAAAAUCGGCAUUAACUGUUGAAGAAAAAGCCUGGAAUGCAUAUCCAUAUACCAAAACACGUUAUACUUGUCCAUUUAUUGAAAAAUUUUCAAUCGAAAUUGAGACCAAAUAUUUUGAUGAUUGUGGCCACCAAACAAAUGUGUUCAAUUUACCCAAAUCAGAAUUGAAUCGACAAAUUGAUUAUAUUGACAUUGUUGAAGAGCAAUUAGUUCCUGCCAGUGAUUGUAAUGAUCAAAAUGAUGAUCCUCGUUAUUACAUAUCAGCAAAAACUAAACGUGGUCCAUUAUCGGAAAAUUGGAUACGAGAAUAUUGGAAUGAUGGUAAACCAAUCAAACCGAUUAUGUGUGCUUAUAAACUAUGCCGUGUAGAAUUUAAAUAUUGGGGAAUGCAAAAUAAAAUCGAACGUUUCAUUCAUGAAAGCGCAUUACGCAAGACAAUGCUAAAAGCACAUCAACAGGCCUGGGUUUGGCAAGAUGAAUGGGUCGAUCUAACGAUGGAUGAUAUACGUCGUUUAGAAUUGGAAACACAAGAGUAUCUAAAGAAACGUAUGGCCGAACAAUCUGAACAGCAAGAUCAACAAGAACAACAAAUAAAUGAUGAAAAUAAAGAAAAUAUAGCUACAGGUGAUUCUCAUUCAAACAAAGUCAUCAAUCUGAAUGUGAUCGAUAAGGAUAAUGAAAAUAAUUACGAUAAUGUUUUGCAUUUUGAAACGCCCAAAAAAUCAUCAUCAUCAUCAUCGUCAUCAUCAGUGGCUAGAAAGAAUUCAAUCUCACAAUAUUUGAUGGGUUCAAACACUCGUCGUGAUAGUGAUCUUGAUGUGGGCAGUGAUCAACUGAAACGACGGAAAUCAUUCCAGUCUAGCUUACAUUCUCCAAGUGAACGUUUAGAUAUUAUUGAAACAUGGCGAAUCGAAACAUUGGCCAGAAAUUCCGAAUCAAGUGAUGAUGAAUUUUAUGAUGCUGAAGAUAUCAAUGACAAAAUUUAUACCAGCAAAAUUAUUGAAGAUGAAAGUGAUGAUAUUUUUUCCACAAAAUUUAAACAACAAUUUCAAUCAGAUCUACAGCAAAAAGUUGUACGCGAACCUGAAGGUUCGGUAUUAGAUUCACCACAAUAUUCACCCACGCAUCAGCCUACAUGUCCGAUAAGCACAUUGAUUAUAAUUUUACAUGGCGGCAAUGUUCUCGAUAUGAAUAGUUUAGAUGUGAAUUUGUCAAAAUCUCAUGAUAUCAAUACAUUUAAAACGACGAUGGAAUCAAUUAUUGAAAAACAUUAUUCACAUCUUAGUGGUCGAAUUGCAAUACGUUAUGUUGCUUGUCCGCCCAUCUGUCAUGAAAGUCUAUUGGUCAUGCUUAGUUUGUCACCAUAUUCAGUACAAUCUAGUCCAAAUACAGAUUCAGUUUCGCAUACAUUCAAUUCUAUACCGAUCUCAGCAUUACCACUGUUUGCCGUAUCAUCAUUUGAUUACCAUGAAAAUAUUAUUCAAACCAUUAAUGAAUGUAAUAAAACUUAUCAGAAUUUUUUAAAAUCCGAUGAUGGUAAAGGAUUUAAUGGCAAAGUAUGUCUAAUAGGUGAUUCAAUUGGCUCGAUUUUAGGAUUCGAUGCUCUAUGUACCGGUUCACAAAAUAGUAUCUAUGAAAGUCAAUUAAUUAAUGAUAAUACUGUCAAAGAUGAAUUGAGCAAUAAAAUUGGUUCUAAUCUUUCAAAUCCAAUGAUUUCAAUAAAUGAUUUACAAAAUUCAUCAUUGGAUGAAAAUGAUCAAACAAACCAAAUGAAUUCACCUUUGGCUAAAUCACGUACAUUACCAAUGAGUGUUAUAAAUCAAAAUAAUGGCAAAAAUAUUCAAAAGCAAUUAUAUUCUAAAUCAUUUUCACAUCCUGGUGGUGAUUCUACAUCAUCCACUACAUCUACAAAUAGAUCGACAAAUCGUUUGUAUAUUAAUUCAGUAGUUCGACGGCGAAGUUCCGGUUCGUCCGAUUUAGCUACAAUUAAAUUUGAUUUCGAAGUUGAAGAUUUUUUCAUGUUUGGUUCGAUGAUUGGUGUUGUACUUACCUAUCGUAAAUUAUUAAGUUUGGAUGACAAAAGUUUUUCGUUAAUGAAACCUGCGUGUGGAAAUCUUUACAAUCUGUUUCAUUUGAAUGAUCCAUCGGCUUUACGUUUGGAACCAUUGUUGAGUGCACGAUUCUCAUACAUUCCUGCUAUCAAUGUUGCACGUUAUCAGAAAUUUCCGCUUGGUGAUGGACAACCUAUUCAUCUAUUGGAAUAUCUGCAAACAUUUUCCUAUCUGUUUUCCAAUGAAAACUUACCGAUUUCGAACAAAGAUUUAGUUAGACGCAUCAGCGAAAUUAGUUUGACUAGUAAUGCACCAAUGGAUAAUCUUAAUCUACCCAGUAUAACUUCAAUUACAAAUCGUUGGUGGGGAACAAAACGUAUCGAUUACGCACUAUACAGUCCUGAAGGAUUGAAUAAUUUUCCAACACAUUCCUUACCACAUCUAUUUCAUUCAAGUUAUUGGGAAUCAAGUGAUGUUAUUUCAUUCAUUCUUCGUCAGAUCAAUAAAUUGGAUUUGUUUAGUUUGAAUUAUAUUGCUCCGGAUAUAUCGAAAGAAAUUGUUUUCAAACCGAAACAAUCAAGAGAGAAAUGGCAACGUAAAAGAACCUCAGUCAAAUUGAAAAAUGUUAAUGCUAAUCAUCGAGCCAAUGAUGUUAUUGUUAAAGAAGGUCUUGAACAGGUAAUCUCAGGUCGAUUCAUGUAUGGUCCGUUGGAUUUUGUCGCUCUUACUGGUGAAAAAGUUGACAUCCAUAUGCUUUGUCCGAAAACUGGUCAGUGGAAUUAUCUCGACACUGGACUUACGGACAAAACUGGCCGCGUUCAUUAUACGAUUCCGAAGGAAAAAGCUCUGCCAACAGGAUUGUAUCAUUUUAAAAUGGUUGUUCGGGGUGAUCAUACAUUUUUAGAUCUAUUUAUGGCUGUUGUGCCACCAAAAACUGAAGCUGUUGUUUUUAGUAUUGAUGGUUCAUUGACAGCAUCCUUAUCGGUUAGUGCUAAAGAUCCAAAAGUACGUGCCGGUGCAAUCGAUGUUGUACGGUUUUGGCAAGAACUUGGCUAUCUUAUUGUUUAUAUAACUGGCCGUCCGGAUAUUCAACAGCAACGAGUAGUUUCAUGGCUAUAUCAACAUAAUUUUCCCCAUGGUCUAAUAUUUUUUGUCGAUGGAUUUUCAACCGAACCAUUGAAACAUAAAACCGAAUAUCUUAAAACUUUAAGCCAAAAAAUGGAGGUAAUCAUUCGUGCAGCUUAUGGAUCCAGCAAAGAUAUUUCAGUAUAUCAAUCAUCAGAUUUGAAACCCGAACAGAUCUAUAUCGUUGGAAAAGUUUGGAAAAAACAAAUGUCUAUGGCUAAUAUCAUUAGCGAUGGUUAUGCCGUCCAUUUAGAACAACUUCGAACAAAUUUAUUGGGACGUUCAAAUUGUCAGCAAGUUAAUUCAAGAGUAACAUUACCCAAAGGUGCAUUCACCGGGCUACGUAGUCGUCAUCAUGACAAAUCUGUAAAACGUACCAUUUCAUAUCCAAUUACGACCUCAAUCAAUAAUAAUAAUAAUUCAUCUUCAACCAAGUCCGUUGUUGUUGCUUCGGUUUCAAUUGCCAAUGAUGAUCAAAACAAUUCCAAUGUUACGACCACUUCUUCAUAAUAAUUAAUU